AGCUGGUGUCUGAAAAUGGUCUGCAACCCGUGGUUCGAGCGAGCGUCCAUGCUGGUGAUCCUGCUGAACUGUGUGACCCUGGGAAUGUUUCAUCCCUGUGAGGACAUCGUCUGCGACUCUGAGAGGUGCAGGAUCCUGCAGGAUUUUGACGACUUUAUCUUUGCAUUCUUUGCCAUUGAGAUGGUGAUCAAGAUGGUGGCUCUGGGGAUCUUUGGGAAGAAGUGUUACCUCGGAGACACGUGGAACCGCUUAGAUUUCUUCAUAGUAGUAGCUGGGAUGCUGGAGUACUCCCUCAACCUGCAGAACGUCAGCUUUUCAGCCGUGAGGACGGUUCGUGUGCUGAGACCGCUGAGAGCCAUCAACAGAGUGCCAAGUAUGCGUAUCCUGGUGACCUUGCUGCUGGACACACUGCCCAUGCUGGGCAACGUGCUGCUGCUCUGCUUCUUCGUCUUCUUCAUAUUCGGCAUCGUUGGCGUCCAGCUGUGGGCUGGCCUGCUCAGAAACCGCUGUUUUGUGGAAGACAACUUCUCCUUCCCUCUGUCCGUGGACUUGGGGAAAUACUACCACACCGAGAACGACGACGAGAACCCUUUUAUCUGCUCUCAGCCCAGGGAGAAUGGCAUGCGGGAGUGUAGCUCAGUGCCCACCCUGUAUGAAGAGGGAGGCCUACAGUGCAAGCUGGACAUGGACUCCUACAACAGCACCGACAACACCACCUGCGUCAACUGGAACCAGUACUACACCAACUGCUCCGCUGGUCAGUUCAACCCCUUCAAGGGAGCCAUCAACUUUGACAACAUCUGCUACGCGUGGAUCGCCAUCUUUCAGGUGAUCACCCUGGAAGGCUGGGUGGACAUCAUGUACUUUGUGAUGGAUGCUCACUCCUUCUACAACUUCAUCUACUUUAUCCUCCUCAUCAUUAUUGGUUCAUUCUUCAUGAUCAACCUGUGCCUGGUUGUCAUUGCCACCCAGUUCUCAGAGACAAAGCAGAGGGAGAGUCAGCUUAUGAAGGAGCAACGAGUGCGCUUCAUGUCCAACGCCAGCACCCUGGCCUCCUUCUCUGAGCCGGGAUCCUGCUACGAUGAGCUGCUCAAGUACCUGGUCCACAUCAUCCGCAAGGGGGCCAAGCAGGUGGCACACAUCUGCAGGGUUGUAGCUCGUCGCGCUGGCCUCAACAUUGCUGCGUCGCCCCCCGCCCUGGAACCUCAACGGGGCCAGAACCAGAGGAGGAGGAGAAAGGCAUCCAGGCAGGGAUCGGUAUCGGUUCAUCACAUGGUGCACCAUCACCACCAUCAUCACCACCAUCACUACCACCUGGGGAAUGGCAGUGUGAGGGGAGGAGGGAGCGUUCGCGGUCUGGAUGUUCGGGAUGUGGAGGCUGGUUCCCAUAAUAACAACGGCGGGGCUUUGAUAGCAACCACCUGCUCUGGCCAUCUCGCUUUGGCUCCUCCUCCUGGUAUAACGACAGCAACCUCUGACACAAAUCUGGCCAUUUUGUCCAGUCCCAUAGCGGGGCCUACUGAUUCAUCUUCGGUGCACAGCUUGUACUAUGCGGACUGUCAGUCUGACCCUCUUCGCCGUACCCCCUCUCCCACCAUCCUGGGGCCAACUUCAGGCUCCUUUUCCCUCGCCCCAGCUCCCAUGUCCCGGGUCAUGAAGAGGAACUCAGUACCUUUUGCAGCUCCGGGGCACAAGAACUACCCCACGCUGCAGGCCAGAGCCCUGGCAGAGUCCAAAGGAAGUGUUACAGCCAGCACUCUGACACAUAUCAACCUCAACAUCCCACCCAUAUCCCUGGAGAGACGGCCACAGAGCCUGGUGGAUACCCACAGUCCCACAGGCCAACUCUCCUGCCAGCUGUCUGCCCGGGACCUCAGCACCACCAGCAGCGCCAUGGAUGCCACCGCUUUCACCUUCGACCCCGAGAGCUGCCCCUAUUGCGCCAAGGCCCUCGCCAACGAGUCGGAGGGGGGCACCGGGGGCAACGAGACCCCUGGCGAUUCAGACAGCGAGGGCGUGUACGAGUUCACCCAGGACCUCCACCACAAGGACAGGCGAGACAGCCGGCAGCCCAAGAAGAGGCGCCGCACGUUAGGCCACACGGCGGCCAAAGUGGUGCGUUUCUGGAGGCUGGUGUGUGACACAUUCAGGAAGAUUGUGGACAGCAAGUACUUCGGCCGAGGGAUCAUGAUCGCCAUUUUGAUCAAUACUCUGAGCAUGGGGAUCGAAUAUCACGAGCAGCCCGAUGAGUUGACCAAUGCGUUGGAGAUCAGUAACAUUGUGUUCACCAGCCUGUUUGCCCUGGAGAUGCUGCUGAAGAUUUUGGUCUAUGGGCCCUUUGGAUACAUCAAGAACCCGUAUAACAUCUUCGACGGCAUCAUUGUUGUCAUCAGCGUGUGGGAGAUCGUGGGCCAGCAGGGUGGGGGUCUGUCUGUGCUGAGGACCUUCCGGCUGAUGCGGGUGCUGAAGCUGGUCCGCUUCAUGCCGGCCCUGCAGAGGCAGCUGGUGGUGCUGAUGAAGACCAUGGACAACGUGGCCACCUUCUGCAUGCUGCUCAUGCUCUUCAUCUUCAUCUUUAGUAUCCUGGGGAUGCAUCUGUUCGGCUGUAAGUUUGGCUCAGAGAGAGAUGGAGACACUCUGCCAGACAGGAAGAACUUUGACUCGCUUUUGUGGGCCAUUGUCACUGUCUUCCAGAUCCUAACACAGGAGGACUGGAACAAGGUUUUGUAUAACGGCAUGGCGUCCACGUCUCCAGUAGCCGCCCUCUACUUCAUUGCUCUCAUGACCUUUGGCAACUAUGUCCUCUUCAACUUGCUGGUGGCCAUCUUGGUUGAGGGCUUCCAGACGGAGGGUGAUGCUUCUAAAUCGGGUUCAGAGAUAGAUUCCUUCGCUCGCAGCAUGGAGGAUGUGAACGGCAGCAAGAAGGAUUUAUCGGCCUCCGCAGUGCCCAUAAACGGUCAUGUGGACCUGAAGAGCAGCCUGACUCCUCCUCUGAUCACCCACACGGCGGCCACCCCCAUGCCCAUACCCAAGCUGCCUGUUGGAGGUGACCCCGUCUUGGGCUACGAGUCCCGACGAGGCAGCAACGUCUCCAUCGAGCCGGCCUGCUAUGACAAGUCACCGACCAGCGCCCGUAGCUCCUCCCCCUAUGCACCGUGGAGCUCUGGCAGCGGCUGGACCAGCCGUCGAUCCAGCUGGAACAGCCUGGGCCGCGCCCCGUCACUCAAACGCCAGAAGCACCAGUCCGGAGAGCGACGCUCACUCCUUUCUGGGGAGGGCGGCUCCAGCUCUGAGGAUGGAGAGGGCGGAGGAGAAGGAGGAGGAGGGUUGAUGGAUGAUGAUGAUGCCUCCCUGGCCAGGACGGACUCAAUGUCUCAGUCGCAGACGGGCCGCCGACACCGGAGGAUGGAGUCAGUGGAGACUCGGAGCUCCAUGGAUUUGCCCCCUGACACUCUGCUGCAGGUGCCCUACCUGUAUCGCUCAGCCAGCAUGCACAGCUCCAGGCCGCCCUCGCUGGGCCACCUGCGGCCCCCAGAGCACAGUGACUGUAACGGGAAGGGCUCUCCGUCCGCCCUUGGACCGACACAGCUCUCCUUGGAGGACAACACUGAGGAUGAUAAUGCAGAGGAGGAGGCCAAUCUGGGUCGCUUCGCCAGAUUGUUCCGUUGGUUGGAGAAGAAGCAGCCAGAUUGGUGUCGGCAGAGAGACACCUGGUCACUCUACCUCUUCCCUCCCGAUUCCAGGUUUCGAAUCGCAUGCAAUAAGAUCAUCACCCACAAGAUGUUCGAUCACGUGGUGUUGGUCAUCAUCUUCCUCAACUGCAUCACCAUUGCCAUGGAGAGGCCGCGCAUCGACCCCACCAGCGCGGAGAGAAUCUUCCUGACGUUAUCCAACUACAUUUUCACGGCGAUCUUCGUGACCGAGAUGACAGUAAAGAUUGUAGCUUUGGGCUGGUGCUUCGGGGACAAGGCCUACCUGAGGAGCAGCUGGAACAUUCUGGACGGCAUGUUGGUGCUGAUCUCCGUCAUUGACAUCCUGGUGUCGCUCAUCUCCAACUCUGGCACCAAGAUCCUGGGCAUGCUCCGGGUGCUGAGGCUGCUGAGGACCCUCCGGCCUCUGCGGGUGAUCAGCAGAGCUCCGGGGCUGAAGCUGGUGGUGGAGACCCUGAUGUCCUCUCUGAAGCCCAUCGGCAACAUCGUGGUCAUCUGUUGCGCCUUCUUCAUUAUCUUUGGCAUCCUGGGAGUUCAGCUUUUCAAGGGGAAGUUCUUUAUUUGUCACGGAGAAGACAUAAGAAACAUCACCAACAAGUCCGACUGCUUGCAGGCCAACUACAGAUGGGUCAGGCACAAGUACAACUUUGACAACCUGGGCCAGGCCUUGAUGUCGCUGUUUGUUCUGGCAUCAAAAGACGGCUGGGUGGACAUAAUGUACGAUGGACUGGACGCUGUAGGAGUCGACCAACAGCCAAUCAUGAACUACAACCCAUGGAUGCUGCUCUACUUCAUCUCCUUCCUGCUGAUCGUGGCCUUCUUCGUGCUCAACAUGUUCGUGGGCGUCGUGGUGGAGAACUUCCACAAGUGCCGGCGUCACCAGGAGGCCGAGGAGGCCAAGCGCAGGGAGGAGAAGAGACUGAAACGCAUGGAGAAAAAGAGACGGAGUAAGGAGAAGGAGCUGGCUGAUAUAAUGGUUCCAGGGGUGAUGAGCACAGUGCUGUCUGCAUCAGUGGCUUUUGAAGCUCAGAGUAAGCCCUACUACUCCGACUACUCCCCCACCCGCCUGCUCAUCCACAAGAUGUGCACCAGCCACUACCUGGACCUGUUCAUCACCAUCGUCAUUGGGCUCAAUGUCAUCACCAUGGCGAUGGAGCACUACCAGCAGCCAAAGGAGUUGGACGAGGCACUGAAGAUUUGCAACUACAUCUUCACUCUCAUCUUCGUUCUGGAGUCGGUCUUCAAAUUGGUGGCCUUCGGCUUCCGACGCUUCUUCAAGGAUAGGUGGAACCAGCUGGACCUGGCCAUCGUGCUGCUGUCCAUCAUGGGCAUCACUCUGGAGGAGAUUGAGGUCAACGCUUCACUGCCCAUCAACCCUACUAUCAUCCGUAUCAUGAGAGUGCUGAGGAUAGCACGAGUAUUGAAGCUACUGAAGAUGGCGGUGGGGAUGAGAGCUUUGCUGGACACCGUUAUGCAAGCCCUGCCUCAGGUGGGGAAUCUGGGUCUUCUCUUCAUGCUCCUCUUCUUUAUCUUUGCAGCGCUGGGAGUGGAGCUGUUCGGUGACUUGAUUUGUGAUGAGCUCCACCCCUGUGAGGGUCUGGGCCGCUAUGCAACAUUCAAAAAUUUUGGCAUGGCAUUCCUCCUGCUGUUCAGGGUUUCCACCGGAGACAACUGGAAUGGCAUAAUGAAGGACACGUUAAGGGACUGCGCCCAGGACACCGGCACCUGCUACAACACCGUGGUCUCCCCAAUCUACUUUGUCUCCUUCGUCCUGACUGCCCAGUUUGUCCUCGUCAACGUGGUCAUCGCCGUCCUGAUGAAGCACCUGGAAGAGAGCAACAAGGAGGCCAAGGAGGAGGCAGAGCUGGAGGCCGAGCUGGAGCUGGAGCUGCAGACGGACGCGGGCGACGGGGGAGCGAGGUCGCCCCAGCUCAACCCUCUGUCCCUUGGCAUGGAGCGGAUGAGCUCAGGCGGGUCCCCAUGGAGGUCCGCCGGAGGAGGAGACAGGGAGCAGGAGAGGGGAGGUCCAACAGACUCACCACCCGCUGAUAUAACCAGAGACUCGGUACAGAUCAGAGCAGAUCCCCCUCCCUGCCUAGAGCCACCACUGGAGCGGAGAGCGCUGUUUGACUCCGUCUCCCUGGUCAUCCAGGGUUCGAUGGAGGGGGAAUUGAGUCUGAUGGACAACCUGUCAGGUUCUAUCUGCCACUACUACGCCCUGCCUCCCCAACCCAGCAAGCACAGCGCCGACAAGAAGAUCCCUCUAGCGGAGAUGGAAGCUCUGUCUCUGGCCUCUGAGAAAUCCUGGUCCCUAGCUCUGACCGACGACUCGGCUCCCGACGAUUUUAACCCCCUCUUUCUAACCAGUCUGGAAUGCAAUACGGAGCAGCUGGAUCCUGGGGAGCCACUGGAGGACAACCUGCUGAGCGUCAGGAAGUCUGCAGUGGGACGCACACACUCCCUGCCCAACGACAGCUACAUGUUCCUGCCCCUGCAGCCCUUCGGCCACCCGAGCCUGACUCCAGCACAGCUUCUAGCACAGACACCGGGGCCCCAGCACAUAGUGGGCUCCCAAAGGGCCCAAUCAGGCUCCAGUAGCUCAGUGCACUCGCAGCCGGAGGAGUUUUCCCAGCAGCUGACCAUCCCCACAGACCUCUUCAGACCCAUCAGCCCCCACAGCCACUCCGACUCCGAGAGUAUACCACGCCUACCGCCGCCCCGACGCACGCACACAUUCAGCCGCACGCUCCGCAGACAGGUUGCAGUGUCUACUGAUUCUCAGGAGGCCCUGUGUUCGGAUGGAGCGGAGAGCGAGGAGGGGCUCGUGAACGUAGCCUCUCUGGGCCUCCCUCUGUCCUCUUCGGCCUCCACUUCCUCCUCCACCUCUCCCUCCUCCUGCUCGCAUCAUCAUCAGCAGCCCGCUCUCCGCUUGGUCCCCGCCACGCCAGGCGCCUCCCCCAAACCUUCACGCCCCAGCAGCGUACACACUCAGCACCACGACCAGCACUGCCUCGCCUCCUACUCUCCCACCUCACCCUCCUCGCCCUCCUCACCCUCCUCACCUUCCUCGCCCUCCUCGCCCCCUCCCUCCCUCCUGCCACCUAGGCCGCACCAACAGGAGGAGGCCUCAGUGGAUCAGGAGGUGUCGCUCAUUACACGGGCCGGGUUGGCCGGCAGUCACGACAUCAUCACCACCGGAGGGCUGGGCUCCGAGCAGGCCGGCGACAGUGGUGACGGCGGCGACGAGGGUUACCGUGGUUACGCAGGCUGCCCAGGUGGCCGAAGCCCGUGCUUGAGGCAGCUGAAGAGGUUCCACAGCGCAGACACGCAGGGCCGCAGCGCCCUGGUGACCCGCCCACGCCCUUCCUCCUGGCUAGACGACCCACGGCGCCACUCGGUGGAAGUGUGCUCCUCCGUGGAGUCCAGCCCCCAACGCAGCACCGCCUCCACCUCCUCCGGCUUUGUGUCACGGGCCGACAGCCUGCAGAUCCAGAGCCAGACGCCCACCCAGACCUCCCUGCCCUCCCCACGACGCAAGAAGAAGAUGAGCCCGCCCUGCAUCUCUGUGGACCCUCCUGAUGGGAUGGAGCCCCAGUCUGGCCUGCACUCAAGCCUGGGAGGACUGGGAGGCAUGGGGCUGGGGGGGUUAGGAAUGCCCCCUACCCUCCCCAGCCGGGACACCUGCCUGAGGAGGAGAGCGCCCUCCAGUGACUCCAAGGACUCCUUUGACCUGGGAGUUGGCGAGGGUCCAGGGCAGGACGGCGGCUCGCCCAGCCCCAACACCAACCCCAAGCUAUUGACUCUUCCCAGUUUCUCCUUUGAGAAGACAAGCUCCGAGCACUGAACACUGACACACAAACAGACAGAUCCACACACACGCACACAUACACACCACACACACACAGAGCUGGACGAACAACACCCCUCUACACACGUGCAAAGCCCACACACACUCAAACACACGAUGCACUCGGUGUAUCUGUGAUGGUGAUAGUCCUAGUAAUAAUGCCGUAGAGAGUAAUAAUGGUAAAACUACAACAAACGGUAAAAACAUCCUUGGUUUCAUAAGGAGUGCAGUACUGUAGUAGUGUGACCAUCCCUUGUCUUUGUAUUGUUACUGCCAAAACACCAAGAACAUGAAAAGAACACAGGUAACCUGAAGACGAAACAAGACAACAAAUAUGACUGUUUCUCUUCUACUGCACCUGCGUGCCACUGGCCGCAGGCUGACCCCGUGACCUCUGGAAUGACAUCAGCACCUGGGAUGUGUAGACGGAGCCCUGUGUGGCCGCCACUGGAACUGCCUGGUGUUGCACAGGGUGGACUUCGCCCAGUCGAAGGGCAUCAGUGGAGCUACAAAGCAAUAUGAACGUUUUAGAGACACUAUUUUCUUAAAUUAUUGGGCCAUAGUGUUUGUACAGGAUGUAGAAGUUGUUUUUUAAUUUCAUUCUAUUUUUAUUUUCAUGUCUUUUUUGUGAUUUCCUUUCUUUUUUUUUUCUUGUUUGUUCGAAAAAUGGUUUGUCUGUCAUUUUGUUUUGUUUUUCACUGUAGGAUAUUUCUAGCUUUCUUGAUUUACUGAGGAAAGUGAACAUUUUUCAAAGUGCUGAAAAUCAUGUAUUUGUAGGAAUAAUAUAUAAAUAUAUAUAUAUAAAAACAAGUCAUUAAACUGAGCUUGGAUU